UCUUCUCAUAUGGGUUUCUUUCAGAUUCUCUGGUUUCCUCCCACCUCUCUAAACAUGCAGGUAGCUGGAUUGGCUGUGCUAAAUUACCCAUAUAUGUGAAUGAGUGUGUGCAUACAUAACAACAAAAGAAAAAUGAGAAACCUACAGUUAUAAAAUAGUAUAUUACCAUAAAUAAAGAAUAUCUAGCUAUGAAAAUGAAUAGAUAAGUUCACUGAUGGAUGCAUUCAUGCCAUAGUUCAUAGAACUAAUGUUAUGGAGAGUGGAAUGAAGGGAGAGUUGGGUGUUAUUUUAUAUAAACGUUUAAGAGAUGAUUCAGGUGUCUGAAAGGUCAGGAAUUAAUGAGAGUACCAAGAAUCUCUACCCUUUCAGUGUUAAUUCUGUUUUUCCACAUGUAAGGAAAAAAAUGAAUUUAAACGCAAGUGUAAAUAAAUAAUGAAUACAAAAUCUCACAUGUAGUUUAACUCCCACUGGUUCUUGAAUCGUCGGACACCUUGAAAUAUCAGCAUCUCCAUUCUGCAACAAUGCCGCUGACUUGGCAACACCAUGCCAUUGCGCUCGUGUUUUAUUGCGCAUGCCCAUCCUCUGGCUUCUGAUUGGGCCGUAGUCACAUGUAUAUUUCACGGAUUUUUAUUGGAGAUGAAGUGGCCGUCGCGCCCAAAAUACGACGCCGUCUCCAUGGUAUUCCAACAUGGCGGCCCACGGUAAGACGCUUGUAAAGAAUUAAAUCAUUAACUGUAACUGGUGUUACGUUUGGCUAACAAAAUUAAUUAAAGAGUGUAGUCUGAACAUACUUUUACUGUGGGUAGAAAGUGAAACAUAUGCCUUUUAGAGAAAUGGCGUUGUUGUGCCUGCAAUUAAAAUCGCUUAUGGUUAUAUGUGCAGUUAUAAUCGUACUUAGUUUUGCUCAAGUUAUUAUAAAGCCUUUUUUUUAAAAUUAUUUUUAUUAAGGCAUAUACGUUACCCGAUAAGUUGUUGUAUGUGAGGAUUAUGAAAUUUGUUCAACGAUUUUAUCAUCCCCAUUUUAUAUGGGCUGCUCAAACUAACGAUCUGCAUAACCUCAGUAGUUUAUUCAGUAUAAGAACCAUCGGUUAAUGUGAAACAGGAUUGUAACCAUUUUUCCCCCUUUGUAGGACGGCACCCCAUUGUAUCCUUUCAAUAUAAUAUUAACUCCUGCUCCCCUUUCUGUACUCAUAUGUUGUUUCAGCAAAAACCCAUUCUGAUAUUACCCUUCUUAACAAAAUCUCAGUUGUCCUCCAUGCCCUUGCAGGUCCUGUUUUAUUUGAACAGCUGGUAUUUUGCUGCCUUCUUUAUAGCUGAAAUUUUAAUGUUUAUCUAUAAAGGUGUAUUGCUGCCAUACCCUCAGGCUAAUCUCAUACUGGAUAUUGUUCUGUUGCUUCUCUACCUUGGUCUGGAAGCCCUGCGACUAUUUUAUGGAUGGAAGGGAAACCUGUGUGAGCGCUCUCUGAUGCUCAUUGUUAGUGUCGGUGUCUUGGUGCCAUGCACAGUACUAAGUGUCUACUAUAUGCUCCUGCAGACAUUUAUACUGCGUCUCGAAUUUGUCCUCAGUGCCAUUUUACUCUGCUUCUAUGCUCCGGAGCUGGUUCUGGCUCUAAUAACCAUUGCAGCAUUUUCCAGGGCCAGUGUUUAUUAAGGAUGUUUCGGAAGACAAGGAAAUAUUUGUUAGAAUGAGAAUAUCCUGUAUUCUUGUUUGGUAUCCAGUUUUCAACAUACAGUCCCCUCCAAAACUAUUGGAAUGGCAAGGCCAAUUCAUUUGUAUGUGCUACACACCAAAGACAUUUGGGAAAGAUCAAAAGAUGGACAUGAGAUGAGAGUUUAGGAUUUCAACUUUUAUUUCCUGGUAUUUACAUAUUGAUAUUUGUAUCAGACCACACAAUGUUUAAAUGAGAAAAAGUAUAGGAACAGUUAAGUCUUGAAGUAAAUUAAAGUAAAUAACACUUAAUAUUUGGUUGCACAUCCCUUGCUUGAAAUAACUGCAUCAAGCCUGGACUCACUGACAUCACCAAACUGUUGGUUUCUUGUUUUGUGUCUCUUUUCCAGGAUUUUACUACAGAAUCUUUCAGUUGUUUGUUUCGGGGGUGAAAUGCUGCUCUAUUGGGUUAUGAUGAACCCAAUUAAUUUCCUCUCAAUUCCUCCCAACACACAAUCCUCCCAAUUAAUUUGGAUGCAUUUCUCUGUAAACUGGCAGACAAAAUGUUCCUGUAAACUUCUAAAUUCAUUGUGCUGCUACCAUCAUGAGUUAAAUUGUCAAUAAAGAUUAGUGAGCCUGUUCCAGAAGUAGCCAUGACGCUACCUCCACCAUCUUUCACAGAUGAGCUUGUACAUUUUUGAUCAUGAAAAGAUCCUUUCUUUCUCCACACUUUGGCCUUUCUAUCACUUUCAUAGAGGUUCAUCUUGGUUCCAGAACUUUUGUGGCUCAUCUCUGUAUUUCUUUGUGAAUUACAAUUUGGCUUUCUUAUUCUUACUGCUGAUGAGUGGUUUGCAUCUUGUUGUAUCCCCUCUAUAUUUCUGCUCUCUUCUUUAAAGUCUUAUUUAAAAUGUGGAUUGUGAUACCUUCGCCCCUGCCCUGUGGAGGUUGUUGAUGUGACUGACUGUUUUUGGGGGUUUUUUUUUCACAGCUCUCCAUGUUUCUGUCAUCACCUGUUGUUGUUUUCCUUGCCCAACCCAUUUGGUGUCUGUUGCUCAGUACACCAGUGGUUUCUUUCCUAUUCGCAACAUUCCAAAUUGUUGUAUUGGCUAUGCCCAAUGCCUCUGAUUGAUUUUCCCUCUUUUCUCAGCUUCAAAAUGGCUUGCUUUUCUCCCAUAGACAGCUCUCUGGGCUUCAUGUUGGCUUAUACUUUUUAACAACAAAUACAGUCUUCACAAGAGAAACUGAAGGCUAAAACCAAGAGUAGAUGUUCAGAGCUAUUUAUUGUUUAAAGAAUCAAUCUAAUAGAACAUACCUGAGUAACAAGAAACGCCUGUCAGUCACAUGUUCCAGUAUUUUUGCUCACCAACAAAUUUAGUGAUCUGAUACAAAAUGUGUUAUGUUCUAUGUUAUUCAACACAUAUACAUAUAAAUAUCAGGAAAUAAAAGCUGAAAUUUUUAUCUCUUCUCAUAUUCAUCUUUUGAUCUCAAACCCAAAUGUCUUCAGUCUACAACAAAAACAAAAUAAUUGGCCUUGCCAUUCCAAUAGUUUCGGAGUGGACUAUAGCAAUGUUUUUCAUCAUUGUGAGGAUCUGUACCACUUACUGCACUUUUCAUUGAUGUUUAACAGCAGCUGAGAUCACUAUCAGACUAUCCGUUGGACAUCAGUCCAACUUUAAAUGCAUGUGGAUGAAGUACUUCAAUAUUUCAUCUCUUUCAUUGUUGCCACAAACCUUUUUUAUCACUGUUAUUUCCUGCCCUGUCUUUGUGACUGUUUUUGAUUGUUUUGUUUUUUUUGUUUUUUUAUAGUACCAAAUGCAUUUUUAAAUAAAUGGAAAAUAUUUUUACUAAAAAUAAUUUUCUUCUAAACUGUUUUUAUUGCUAAUAAAUUAACUCAAGUUCACUUGUUUUAUUGUUUAUUGAAGCAUGUCUUAGCUUUCCAUAAUUUGCCCUAAGGGAAAAGUUUCCUGUUUUAGAUUUGCAAAGGUUUGAAGCGUCUCUGGAAAUAGACAAUAUCAGACAUCAGGAUUUGUCUGAGACUAUUUAGAAUGAGGGAUAAAAUGUCUUAAGCUUAACAGUU